AUGAUAUAAAGUUCUACUCGUAACCGUUCAGAACAAUUAAUCUACUAAAGAAGAUAAUAAGAAUAGUAGGUGGGUAAAUUGAAUACAAAGCUUAGAUAAGAGCAUUAUGAGAAGACUUUUGCAGCUUGGGAAAAUAAAGGAAAAGAUGUUGCCAAUUUGUAAUAUACAAAGAAUAGGUAAGAAAAUAGUAUAUUUUAGACUUCAAUAAAUACGUUCAGAAGCUGAAGCUAAUAAGAAUUAAAGAAGAGAAAGACUAGCAUUAUUAUUAAAUGCUGAACAUGAGCAAUAUCAAUAAGAAAUAAAAGCAAUGGUUGAAACUCCAGAAUAGGUAAAGGAGAGAAUGAUGAAAGAAGUUGCAGAAUUAAAAUAAAGAAAGGAGGUUGAAAGAGCUAAAUAAGCAGAAGCAGCAUAUAAUCGUAGAUUUAGAGAUAAUGCUGAUGAACUUAGAAUGGUCAAUUAAUAAUUUAAUGAACUUUAAACUGUUGCUUACAGAAAUAUGUAAAUGAUGGAGAAAUAAAAAAUGUUAGAAGAUUAAUAUGAUGGUAAAAAGUUAAAUGAUAAUAAAUUAUAGAGGAAAUGAUAUAUGCAGAAUUAUAUAGAAGAGAAAUAUUAAAAAAAGAGAGAUUAGAAAGAGAAAAGGAGUUAGAAUAAAAGGUUAAAGUAGAUGAACGAAAUAAAGUAUUGGCUUUAUAAACAAAAAUGAAUGAGACAAAAUAAUAAAAGACAAAAGAAGAAAUUGAAUGGGAGAAACAGAUGCUAGUAUAAUUAUUUGUUUGACCAUUAUAGAAAGAAGAAUGGAAAAGAGAAGAAGAAAGACAUAAAUAAAGAGAAAAUCAAUAUAUGAAUUAUAAGAAAGAAAUUAAUUAAGAAAUAGCAUUAAAUAAUGAAUAACAAAAAGAAUUUAAAAAAUAAAUUAAAUAUUAAGAGAAAAUUGAGGAUAAAGAAAUGAUUUAGUAAGUUCUUGCAAGAGAAGAAGCUAUUAGUAAAAUGGAACAAGCAGAAAAAUAAAGACAAAAAGAAGAAACAAGAAAAUUCUUAUUAAAUUUUAAGAAUAGAACAAAUGAAUAUAGUAUGAAUGAUUAAUUAAAGGAAAGAUUAAUUAAUGAAGAAAAUGCUAGAUAAUGGGAAACUAAAGAAGCAAAAUGGAAAGCGGAAGAUGUAAUAUAUUUUUUAUUAUUUUAAGGAUGCAAGAGUAAAAUUAAUGUAUGAAGUUUAUGCAUAAAGAGCAGAGAAUGUUGAAAUCAAAAAAAAAAUAAUAGAAGAUGAAAAGAAUGUAAAAUAAUAAGAUAAGAUUGAACUUUAAAGAUAAAUGGAAUUAUAUUAAAAAGAUGUAGAAGAGAAAUAAAGAAUAGAGUAGGAAGUAUGUUUUAUAAUUAAUGAUUUAGAAAAUUAUGUAUACAAAACAUAAUUUAAUAAAUUAAAUGGAUGAAAAAAAACAAAGGUAGUAAUUGUUAAGAGAUAAAAAAUAAUAAGAAGAAGAAGCACUUCGAAAACAAAAAGAAGAAUAUGAUAAAAAAAUAGAAUUGGAGAAGGCUAAAGGUCGUGCUUUGCUUGAUGAACUUAGAAAAUAAAGACCAUAUUGA